AUGUCCAAGCCUUUCAUCGGCAAUGUCAAGAGCGUUCUUAGUGGCGAUACUCUGGUUUUGACCAGCCCAAACAAUCCUGCUGCCGAACGAAACAUCUCCCUCGCCUACGUCACCGCCCCUCAUCUGCGCCGCGACGGCGACGAGCCCUUUGCCUUCCAAUCCCGCGAAUACCUCCGCAACCUCGUUGUCGGCAAGGCCGUUCAGGCCACGAUUCACUACACAAUCCCCAACUCUGGACGAGAGUUCGGCACUGUCAAGCUCAAGGACGGCACUGAUCUCCCCGAUGAGUUGGUCAAGGCUGGCUGGCUAAAAGUCCGAGAGGAUGCUGGCAAGAAGGAAGAUUCCCCAGAGAUUCUUGAUAAGCUCGAGACUCUUCGUGCUCUUGAAACCCAGGCCAAGGCCGAGUCCAAGGGCUUGUGGGCUGGCACUGGUGGCAUGAUUGAGGUGCAAAACGACCUUGGCAGUCCUGACUUUAUCAGAGAAUGGAAGGGAAAGACCGUCGAUGGUAUCGUCGAACGUGUUCUCAGCGGUGACAGACUUCUUGUGCGUCUGCUCCUCUCUGAGAAGAAGCACGUUCAGCCCAUGACCCUGCUUGCUGGUGUUCGUGCCCCGGCCACCGAGAGAGUGCAGACCUCAACCGGAGCUACACAGCCUGCUGAAGAGCAUGGCAACGAGGCCAAGGCCUUUGUAGAGUCCAGGCUUCUGCAGCGUCUUGUCAAGGUCGAAAUCGUCGGCGCGAGCCCCCAGGGACAGCUAAUUGCCCACGUGCUCCAUCCCCGCGGAAAUAUUGCGGAGUUUCUCCUUCAAGAGGGUCUCGCUCGAUGCAAUGAUUUCCACUCGACUAUGUUGGGUGAAAAGAUGGCUUCACUGCGUGCUGCCGAGAAGGAAGCACAAGGCAAGAAGCUACGUCUGCACAAGAACCACGUUGCCAAAGCCGACGGCGGAAACCAGGACAUGGCCAUCUUCAAGGUCCUCGCUGCUGACACUGUGCUCGUGCGCACUAAGAACGGCGGCGAGAAGCGCAUCAGUUUUAGCAGUGUCCGUGGCCCUCGUACAAAUGAAGCCUCAGAGGCGCCAUUCCGUGACGAAGCCAAAGAAUUCUUGAGACAAAAGGUCAUUGGCAAGCAGGUCAAGAUUAGCAUUGAUGGCAACAAGCCUGCGACUGAAGGCUUUGAGGCUAAGGAGGUCGCUACCAUCACCGACAAAGGCAAGAAUAUUGGCCUAGAGCUGGUUGAGGCUGGCUGGGCUACCGUUAUUCGUCAUCGCAAGGACGAUACCGAUCGAUCGCCCAUCUAUGACGAUCUUCUAGCUGCACAGGAAAAAGCCAAGGAAGAAAAGAAGGGCAUGUGGUCUGGCAAGCCCCAAAAGGCUAAACAGUACCUCGAUCUUUCGGACAACCUCCAAAAAGCCAAGAUCAUGCUCGCCACCCUACAACGGCAAAAGAAGGUUCCUGCUAUUGUUGACUUUUGCAAGGCCGGCUCUCGCUUCACUAUUCUGAUCCCUCGUGAGAGUGUCAAGCUGACGCUUGUUCUCGGUGGCAUCCGCGGCCCUCGUGCUCCCCGCCCCGACGGUGAAGGUGGCGAACCGUUCGGCAAGGAGGCCCUCGACCUGGCUAACCGCCGCUGCAAUCAGCGCGACUGUGAGGUCAACAUUCAAGAUAUGGACAAAGUCGGCGGUUUCAUUGGAGAGCUAUACAUUGGUCGCGAGAACUUCGCCAAGGUCCUAGUUGAAGAGGGUCUUGCCACUGUGCAUGCAUAUUCGGCACAGAAAUCGGGCAACUCUAACGAGCUAUUUGCUGCUGAAAAGCGCGCCAAGGAAGGCCGCAAGAAUCUCUGGAAGGACUGGGACCCAUCUCAGGAUGAGGAGGAGGAAGAGGAGGCCCCCGCAGAGACACUGGAGACCGAAGUUUCUCUAGAAAAACGCCCCACUGACUACCGCGAUGUUGUCAUUACCAAUAUUGACAGCAAUGGUAAGCUCAAAAUUCAGGAGAUUGGAAAAGGCACGGCUGCUCUUGAGCUGCUCAUGAGCGAUUUCCGCAAGUUCCAUCUCGACUCCAAGAACAACAAACCCCUGGCCGAUGCUCCCAAGACCGGUGACUACGUCUCGGCCAAAUUCUCUCUAGACGGCCAGUGGUAUCGUGCUCGUGUCCGUGCAAAUGACCGCACUGCCAAGGUUGCUGAGGUCAUGUUUGUUGACUACGGAAACUCGGAAAAGGUUGCCUGGUCUAACCUCCGCCCUCUUGACCAGGGCCAGUUCGGUGCCCAGAAGCUCAAGCCGCAGGCCGUCGACGCCUCGCUGGCCUUUGUGCAGCUCCCAACUGGCGCCGAUUACUUUGACGAGGCCGUCGCCUUCAUCGCCGAGCUGACGGAGGGCAAGCGCCUGGUCGGCAGCUUCGACUAUGUCGACAACAAGGAGAACAUUAGCUACAUCACGCUCUACGACCCCAAGGCGGACGGCGGCCUCCCCGGCCCCAACGAGUCGGUCAACAACGAGAUUGUCGCCGCUGGCUUCGGCAUGGUCCCCAAGAAGCUGAAGGCAUGGGAGCGCAGCAAGCCCUUUGAGCCCGUCCUGCAGCACCUCCGCCAGACGGAGACCCAGGCCAAGGCUGAGCGCCAGGGCCAGUGGGAGUAUGGUGACCUGACUGAGGACUAG